GGCAGUUUGCAAGGUUCUCCGAUACGAGAGGUUUCCACGGAGAGGCGACUCGUGUCAGUGUGAAGAUGUGGUCCAUUGUGGUAGUACCGUUCGUCUUGGUGGUCACUGUCUCCGGACAGAGGCCCUUCCGUACACCAGAAGACCUGAAGGGGCCACAUGUAGACGUUCAGCUGGUGCCGGAAUUCGCCGCAGCCUGCCCUAGUCCUGAUGGGUUCUUCGCGGACGCCUACCAGUGCGACAAAUACUAUGAGUGUGUGGAUGAUGUGAUAGCUGAGAAGCUGUGUGCUGAUGGUCUGGUCUUUGUCGACUUAAACUCCAAGAUCGAGAAGUGUGACUACAUCAACGUGGCCGACUGUAGCGGCAGACCCGAACUACAGCCUCCCAUCUCAUCCGAUGUGUGCCCCCGAAAGAAUGGGUAUUUCCCUCAUCCGGACCCGACAGUGUGCGACAAAUUCUACUUCUGUAAUGCUGGGGAUGGUAAUCUGGUCACUUGUCCUGAAGGUCUGGUGUUUAGCUUGAAAACCAAUAACUGUGUGUGGCCCGAUGCGGCUAAUAGAACUGGUUGUUCCGCUCAGGGUCUCUUGGAGUUCGAUUGCCCAAAGGUGCCACACAACAUAGCCGUCAGUCACCCCCGCUACGCAGAUCCCCUCGACUGCCAGUUCUUCUAUGUGUGCCUCAACGGCAAUAGCCCCCGCAGAAAUGGUUGUAAUCUCGGCCAAGUCUUCAGCUCCAGCAUCUCCGCUUGUACCUCACCUCUUGACGUGCCUGAGUGCUCCAACUACUACGUCGAGUACUUUGAUAACUACUUCAAAACCUUGGAGACUACCAACGGCCACGUCAGUGCAGAUAUCCUUGCUGCCGCCAUCACCUCCGGCUACGAUGUUCCCCAGCUGAAGAAGAGAAUCGACCUGAGCUCUGGUACAGGUGCCAGGCGCCCGUCCAAGGCCCGAGGCUCCACCCCUGCUCCCCCCCGCGCCCCUGCAGCUCCCACCCGUCCACCUGUCAGCCAACCAAGACCAGAAGCAGCUGUAUUGUCUCCCAGCCGUCCACGGAGUCCCCCCAGGCCUGUUAGUCCCACAAGACAUCGUUUCGGAACCCAGUCCAAGCCCACAGCUACCGCUCCACCACCUCCUCCUACCCCAAUAGAAGAGGCCGCCUACGACUACCCUGCUGAUUACACUGAUCCUGCUUACUACGAUUAUCCUGCUGAGGCUGCUGAACCUGCAGCCCCGCCAUCCACCACCACCCCAGCUCCUGCACAGGCCCCUCGACUACCUGUCAUCAGGCGUCGAGUUCCUCUCAGGAAUCUAAGACCAACACAAUAGGGUGUGAUUGACGUGUUGGACAGACAGCUGAUAAGACGUCCAGUUAGCAUGUAGAGUGAGACAGGUGUUGUGAGCCUGAGAACAUGUCAUAGGUGUAAAGUUGUUAUGUUAUAAACAAAUAGUCCAUUAGAUAGCCCGUGAGCCUACGAAAGAAGCCAAGUAUGGUGUGUGAAUAAUUGGCAGUCUGUUAGUCAGCCUGACAACGCAGUAUGUUGUGAGGCUGUCAGACCUCACUAUAAACAAGUGGAGGGAGACAACAAUGGAGCACAGGUUUGUUUACAUCUGGUAGCUGCCGUGUCUGUUAACUUAGGCUCUUUAAAAAUACAGUGUGGCGUCAGUCAUGUAUACAAUCUUAGGAUAAUCAUGGCUGCGUUUAUUCAGCUCUCUCUUGACCUGACUGACAGAUGAGUUCACCGAGGGAGAGAUAUUUUCUUCAAGGUGGGUAAACGCAACCUGAGAGCUCCUUAGUCAGUGUAUAUACUUGCUGUGCAUGAUUGUAAAAUAUUAUAACAGUUACUUUGCUAGGUUAAGAACAUGAAUUGUGAGCAAAAACAAAUAAGGAUUUUUUUUAACAUUUCAUUAAGGUUAACAUAUUACACAGUAUCAUUUAAGAAAAUAAAUGAGAGGUUUAGGUGCUAUAUCCAGAUAAACUUAAUUUUCCACUUAAAAUGAUCACAUACAGAAACCUAUUUCCUGUAUAUGUCAUUCUGUAUGCGUAAAUUCUGUCGCGUGAAAAUAAUCAUCUAAUACUUAAGAGAACAAAGGUAAUGUUGAUAAAUUAUACUCUCUUCAUUGGUUUUAAUAUCACAAGCAAAAUUGUUAUCAUUGUCGUCAGGUAAUAUUUCUGACGUGACCUGAUCCUGCUUCAA